AUGGAACCGGCCCCCUCCCCCGACGCCGAGCUGCGGUCCUUGCUCCUCGCCAACGCGUCGGACGCCUUCCCCAGCGCGGGCGCCAAUGCGUCGGGGCCGCCGGCAGCACGGAGCGCCUCGUCCCUCGCCCUGGCUAUCGCCAUCACCGCGCUCUACUCGGCAGUGUGCGCCGUGGGGCUGCUGGGCAACGUGCUCGUCAUGUUCGGCAUCGUCCGGUACACUAAGAUGAAGACGGCCACCAACAUCUACAUCUUCAACCUGGCCUUGGCAGACGCACUGGCCACCAGCACACUGCCCUUCCAGAGUGCCAAGUACCUGAUGGAGACGUGGCCCUUUGGGGAACUGCUCUGCAAGGCUGUGCUCUCCAUUGACUACUACAACAUGUUCACCAGCAUCUUCACGCUCACCAUGAUGAGUGUCGACCGCUAUAUCGCCGUCUGCCACCCUGUCAAGGCCCUGGACUUACGUACACCUGCCAAGGCCAAGCUGAUCAACAUCUGCAUCUGGGUCCUGGCCUCGGUUGUUGGUGUACCCAUCAUGGUCAUGGCCGUGACCCGCCCCCGGGAUGGGGCAGUGGUGUGCAUGCUCCAGUUCCCCAGCCCCAGCUGGUACUGGGACACGGUGACCAAGAUCUGCGUGUUCCUCUUCGCCUUCGUUGUGCCCAUCCUCGUCAUCACCGUCUGCUACGGCCUCAUGCUGCUGCGCCUGCGCAGCGUGCGCCUGCUCUCUGGCUCCAAGGAGAAGGACCGCAGUCUGCGGCGCAUCACACGCAUGGUGCUGGUGGUGGUGGGCGCCUUCGUGGUGUGCUGGGCCCCCAUCCACAUCUUUGUCAUCGUCUGGACGCUGGUGGACAUCGACCGCCGCGACCCGCUCGUGGUGGCCGCGCUGCACCUGUGCAUCGCGCUCGGUUACGCCAACAGCAGCCUCAACCCCGUGCUCUACGCCUUCCUUGACGAGAACUUCAAGCGCUGCUUCCGCCAGCUCUGCCGCACGCCCUGCGGCCGCCCGGAACCCGGCAGCUUCGGCCGCGCCCGCGAAGCUACGGCCCGCGAUCGGGUCACCGCCUGCACCCUGUCCGACGGUCCCGGCGGUGGUGCCGCCGCCUGA